CCAACAUGGCGCAAAUAGAUUCGUUUCGGUUGCUCGCCGUCGUCACGUGGCUGUUGAUGGUGCGAUGGACCACGGUGAUGGUGAUGGCGGCCUCGUCCAACGGGCAGCAGUGUGCGUGCGGAAUUCGGCAAUCGACUAAUCAGUCGGUAGUUGCUGGUGAACUGAUCGAACCGGGGGAGUGGCCGUGGCAUGUGGGGAUCUACUGGUGGCGGGGAUCAAAACUCAAUCCACCGGACCGGGUGUGCGAGGGGGCACUGCUGGAUCAGGAUGGUUUAGUGUUGACAUCGGCUAGCUGCUUGAGGGAUGCCAACGAUGAUCUGUUAAGGAUGGAAGGUAUGAUCGGACACGUUGGACUGGUGGCACUGCAGCAGCGAACCAAGGGAUCACGCAAGUUCCAAGUAGAGAACGUAACGUUCAACGAUGAUUUGGAUUUGGCUCUGGUGCUACUGAAAGUCGAAGACGAAUGGCAGGGAAUGCCCGUCUGUUUAAACGAUGAACCGGAACGAUGGAACGAAAUCUACGAAAAACCGGUUCACGUACUGCAGCAAACCCAUCGGCAGCGGCUGGGAGGAUUCGAAAUAGUCAAAAUAGCACUGGAGAAGGAGGUGACCUGCUACGGAUCAACCAUGGCAGUCAAAGCACCGGCGGUAGCGGAUAGCACUAUCAAACUAAAGACUAGAGGAACUAAUUUUCAACAGUCCGCUCGGGGAACUCCUCUGUACAUCCAGAAACCGGAGGGAUGGACUCUGCUGGGUAUCUCCGCCAAGGUGAAAUCCUCCAUCCCGGAGAGACUCUGCCAACCGGGAGACUUCGAAUCGUUCUUGAACAUCAACGUACCGGCAGUGCACGAAUGGAUCUUCGCCGAAUUCGAAGACAGCAGCGUCGAAACAUCGACCGAAUAAAGUUCAUUCGUCUUUUCAGCCCGGUGAUUUCAGUCAACAGUCUAUCGAAAUAAACAUAAAACAAUGGAAAAAUUGAAUUGUACACGCCAAUAAAUACAAACAAAUAGAAGAAAAAAAUUGCCCAUUA